AUGGCGCUCUCCGUCACAAUCUCCAACGACGAUGGGAAGCCUUUUCUGCCAGGAUCGUUGGUUCUCGGUGUCGUCAAGCUCGUCAUAUACGAUGAUCAAAACAUCGGCGAGCUGACGAUUAAUUUCAGCGGGUGUGCCAACGUCCGGCUGAUUCACUCCUAUGGCGACAUGACAACUUCCCGGAGGGAUUACAAGUCAGUCGGCUAUCUUUUCUCCCAGCGCCUAAGCCUCUACCAAGGGAAAUACACACAUCGGAAGGGGAGCUACAUGUGGCCUUUCGCGUUCCGCAUCCCCUUAUACGCGGCUCCACGAGCACUGCCUUCUGGAUCGAGGGAUUUCUUCGGCCCAGAGCGCCCGUGGAAGAACGACUAUAGCGUGGAACUUCACCCUCUUCCACCGAGCAUGAGUCACAGAGGCCCUUUCAUUUGUUCUGUCGAGUAUAUGCUCCAUGCGACUCUAGCAGGGCCAUCUCGGGGUCCAAUAUCAUUGAACAAAACGCUAAGCGCCAUGGAACGGGUACGAAUUCAAAAUCUCCCGAGUCAGAAGGAUUUAGAUGUCAGCGGUGAUGGGCUUUACAUCAACUAUCAGCACAAUCUCCGGUGCACGCUUGAUAAUUUCCCCCGGAUUAUACCGAAGCUUCUCUGUUCGAUUCUAUGCGAAGGUCGGCGACGCUUCAAAUCUAUUACGCCGCCGGAAGUGGAGCUUCGGAUGUCUGUUUGGAUACCCAAAAGAAUCAUCCUCAACGGCCAGGUCACAUUGUCAGUGCUGGUAGCGAUGACUUCUCGCUCCACAGGCCCAGAUAACGCAACAAAACGGAACCUUAGCAACGACCAUGUUCAACCCACCAAUCUCAGAAUUAGAUCUUUCAAGUUGUCUCUAUUUCAGCAUACUCGAGUGCGCACUGGUUGUCAUCGUUCAUCGUCUGAGAAGAAAAUUCUCGUUCGAAGAGGAUCGUGUAUAUUGCCGCUCUCAGGAGAUUCUUCGCUGGAGCCAAGCCAAUCCGGAAAUACCAGUCAGGAUAGUCGGCCAGCUCGUUUUGUCAACUUGGCAGACAUGGCAGAUCUUAGGGUCCCAAUGGCAGCUCUCGUUCCAGACUUUUCUACGUACAACAUCGCUGGGUGUCAUUCACUGGAAGUGCUGUUCAACAUGGAGUACGAGAACAAGAGGUUCAAAUGUAACUUCGGGAAGGUACCACUCCAAGUCCUGUCGCAGGAGUGCGGAACAGUCGAUCAGGGCGUUAUUCACCCGAUGGAGCGAUGGGCCAACCAGUCAAUAUCGGACGAGGUUUGGAUCAGACCCCCGCCAUCAGAGGACGAUAUCGACGAUGACAACGAUGACGAUGAUGACGUUGUCUCCGCCUGGGCCACGGAGACCCUGCCGCCAUACACCUGA